GUGGAUUUCAACUCCCAGAAUCCCCCAUCCAGAUUUAAGAUGGGUGGACUUCAACUCCCGGAAUCCCCCUCGCCGUGGUUUAAGAUGGACAUCAACUCCCAGAAUUCCCCAGCAUCCACUCAUCAUAAAGUUGAGAAACACUGCAGAUUUGCUAUCUGGAGUCUCAAUACUUUCUUGGGUGCCAAUGAUUAAACUCUGGUUUAACCAUUAAACCAGACUUCCCUGAGGCCAGCAAAACUCUUCAAUGACCCCCAGCCUAUCCAUCCCCAAGCCUCACAAAGCUGUCAUUUUUGAAUGAGACAGAAAAGGGAAAUUCCUAAAUAAUUGGAAAGCUAUCCCCGCUCAUUAAAGACAAUUAAACCGACAUUUAAGUUAGUUUUUUACCCAAGAUUUAAAGUGGUUCUAUUUUUUUAAAAAAAGACUUCCACCUAACAUAGCAUAGGAAAAAAAAAGUGGGAUAUUUAAACACGGAAACGGUUCCACAUUAGGGAUAAUCGGAAUUAAGAACGGGGCCAAGCGGAAAGCAGCUUUCAUGCUUUCGUGAAUGCUUCCGGCCUGGAAGGUUUUAAGCAAGCCUCCAGUGUGAAGAGCAGUCUACCUGCAAGUAUUCUUACUGAGAAAAAAAGUUCCCAGCUAGCACCCAGGGGGGGCAUUAUUCUCUGCCAUGGGUUGAAGCAAUGGGUAGGCGAGUCACCCCCUUCGUACAUUGCCCCCCCUCAAAGAAUGGAAAGCGUUUGUAAGGGGCUAGGUCUGCGGAUACAAAGCCUCCAGGUCUAGGGGCAAUCUACCUCUGCCCAGGUAGCCAACACCAACGUUAUGGCACCUUGGACAGCGCCGAUGCAGUUGCAAUGCCCCAGCGAUGUCUGGUGUCUUUGGGCCGGUGGGGGUCUGGCAGAACCUCCCCGUCUCAUGGAAGUCUACCUGGAAAUCUAGUCACUCCCAUUCUUCCUGGGCUGAGCGUGGGAGAAAGCCUCGGCCGGCGGGGAUCCGAUCCACCUUAAGGGAGCCCGGGAGGCGGAUCAGGGGGGCGGAGGCUCCCUCUGACUCUACUUGAGCUGCCGGCUGGCUGGAUCGGGUUCUCAGAUCAGAUCUAACCGUAUUCCCCGCGGAUCUCCAGGUCGAAAAGCAGCUUGGCGUCCGCUUUCUUCCAGGUAGCGUCCGCUUUCUUCCAGGCGACAGCAUGAGCUCCCCCGGCGUGACUCCCGAGCUGGACAUGAAGGACGUGGAGCUGAACGAGAUGGACCCGGAAAAGCAGCCCAUGAACGCCUCUUCGCCCCCGGCCGGCUCUCCAGGCAGCCUGGGCGAGAAGAACGGGGUAGUGAAGGUGAAGAUGGAGGAGGAGGAUGAGGAGGCCAAGAUGGCAGCCAGCUUCACCGGCUUGACCAAAGAGCAGCUGCUCCAGGUGGCUGGCACCCCCGGCUGGGUCCGUACCCGCUGGGCCCUGCUGGUCCUCUUCUGGCUGGGCUGGCUGGGCAUGCUGGCGGGGGCCAUCGCCAUCAUCGUCCAGGCCCCCCGCUGCAAAGACCUGCCCAAGCAGGACUGGUGGCAGAAAGGAGGGAUCUACCGGAUCCUGCAGGUGGAAGGCUUCCAAGAUUCGGGCAGCGACGGCACAGGCGACCUGGCAGGGGUGAAAGAGAGGAUGAGCUAUUUAAGCAAGCUGAAAGUGAAAGGUUUUGUGAUCGGCCCUCUGCACGUGAACCCCGAGGAUCAGCCCUACAGCACCAAUCUCCAAGACGUGGACCCAAAACUGGGCACCUUACAGGACUUCCGGGAUGUUGUGCAGGCCGCAAAGAAGAAAAGUUUAAAGGUUAUCUUGGACCUGACGCCUAACUAUCGUGGCCAGUUACCCUGGUUUAGCCCAGAUGUGUGGCUUAAGAGUGACUUCCAGAAUAAAAUGAAAGAAGCAAUUCAGUUUUGGCUGAGGGAAGGAGUGUCUGGGAUCCAAAUCGGAAGUGUGGAGCAUUUAAACGAUUCCCAACUCUUGAGCGAGUGGAAGAACUUAACGGAACAAGAGAACAUUGAUGAUCAGGCCAGGGUCCUGAUUGCCACGACUGAUCUUAGAGACCCUCAAGAGGUUUUCUCGCUUUUGAACGAAACCUCCGGGGUGGACCUACUCACCAGCCAGUACCUUCAGGAGCUGCUGAGACCUGAUCAGAACGACACCGCCCUGGGAAACACAGCCCAGAAACUGAUCCUAAAUUAUAUCGAAAAAGCUGGAAGCCGAUGGCUCGGCUGGAGCAUGGGUAGACCUGAUUUUGGACAUUUGGCCCAAUCUAUGGGGGAGCAGCUGCUUCGCCUCCACCAUCUACUCCUUUACACCCUGCCCGGGACCCCCUUCACGGAUUACGGAGAUGAAAUUGGCCUGCGGGACACUUUGGGGCAGCCUGCAUCCUCCAACAUCACACGCAUGCAAUGGGACAACACGGCGAAUUACGGAUUCUCACGAGGGCCGCAGCAGGUGGCUGAACCUGAGGCCAGCAACGUCACUGUGCAGGCCCAGCAGGGCCACAAGGGGUCCAUCCUGAGCUUCUUCCAAGAACUGAGCGAGCUCCGAACGAAGGAGCGCUCUCUUCUGCACGGCAACUUCAACCUGGUGCAAAGCUCUAACCCAGCGGUCUUCUCCUACCUUCGGAUCUGGGACCAGAACAAGCGAUUCCUGGUGGUGCUCAACUUCGCCUACCAGGAGAUCUCGAUCUCUCUCCUUCACUCUCAUCUCCCACCCCAAGUGGACGUGGAGCUCAGCACCCACGCCAGCCGGGAGGAGAAGCAGCUGGAUUUGCAGAACCUCAAGCUCCUUCCCUCGGAAGGCCUUCUCCUCAGCUUCCCCUACGUGGCCUAGUUGGUCUUCUUCCCAGCACAGUCUGGCCCAUCUUCAGAAAUAAGUUCCUCUAAAAGAAGAUUCUCCAGUCAAGGGUGGCUUCAGAUGCCUCUCCUGAACUUACUAACAUCCUUCUUCUGUAUCCCACCCGUCUCUAUUACCCCAUAGCUCAGCCUUUCUAGACCCCAGAUUCCGGUUCCCACAACCAGUUGGCCGGAAGAAAGUCUAGAUGGUUCCUAACCACAUGUAGAGACUGAAGUGGGCCGAGGUCACCUCUGUUCCCUCAACAUUCCUGGAUCUGCCAAUUGUCCGUAAAAUUUGAUAUUAGCAGGUCAACACACCAUCUUGGAGACAGAGGAAGAUGUGAACCUUCAUUCUCUCAGGCUGGAAGUGAUGGGCUUCAAUGAAACGAUGGACUACUCAACUUAAGAUGGGUGGACUUCAACUCCCAGAAUUCUGGGAGUUGAAGUCCACAUGUCUUUAAAUUGCCAAAGUUGAAAUACACUGAUCCAGAAUGAAACUUUGUGUUGGUCCAGUGCUAUCACAUAUAUAAAUGCUUUGGGCAAAGGGGAACAUGGAGACACUUCCCCCCAAUUGCUUUGCCCGACCCAUUUUGAGUUUGGAUUAAUCUUUCCUGAUCACUAGUGUGAAUUUUGUCUGUAUGUGGCUUUCUAUCGGCCUAACCCUAACAAAGUGUGCCAGCUUCUUUUUUUGUGUGGGUGGAACCAGUUUUAAUAAAUGUCUCUCUUCGCCUUCA